AUGGUCGCGCCCGCUGUUCCUGAGUAUGUCGUUCCUGUUCCCCGUUUACGUGUUCCCCGGGUUGCGAUCCACGAGGAGGAGGAUAUUUAUGUUGCGGUUGAUGCGCGCACAGAAUCCCUGCAGAACUUGCGAGAACUAGGCCCUCCAGACCUGGUCUAUUUGGUUAAGCAACCAAAGGCCAAUUCGACUCGCCAGACCGGUGUUUAUCACCAUGUCACCGGAAUCGAUGCCUCCUCAUCCGCCAGCUUAGCCGCCUACGUCAACACCCUCACAUUCUCUCCCCUCGACAAGACACAUAAAGUGGUAUCGGGCAUCUACUGUUGCUACAAUGCUUUCUCUCAUCUCGAUAUGCGCGUUGAAGUCAAAAUCCCCGGAAGCUUGGAGAGCUAUUGCAUUGAUGAGCGGGGUGAUAAGCGAGUGGCCACUGAAGCUCUCUGGCUUGAGACGUUCCUUUGCGCCGUAUUGAGGGCUUAUCUUUAUGCGGACGAUGGAAGCGGAGAUUCCGUCAAAAGGAUCGUUGGGGUUAGACGAUUCAAUCCUGUGACAAAUACAGAAAUGGAGCACAAGUUUUUGGAUGCUGCCGAGAAGCUAUUCUUUUUAGGACGUCAACUCAGCUCCGAUCCCGAAACUCAAGUCCCCAACACUGUGAGCAACCACCUCACAUCGGGCAUCCUAAAAUAUAUCCACACCACCGGGCGCUACACAUCUGGAAUCAAUCUGUUCGAGAAGCUCCGUACAAGGGAUGUGGAAGUCUCGUCCCUUCUGGCUCGUGUACAAAUUAUGGCAGAUGAGGAGGUGCAAGCAGUACGCCUCAUGUAUGACGCUUUACAAGAUGUUCCGAUGGACUAUGCUCUACUCGAUUGUCAGGCUAGCUUUUGUCAGAGCAAGGGCGAAAGCGAGAUGGCACUUGAGUGCGCUAAGCGAGCAGUUACUGCUGCUCCUAGCGAAUUCAGUACAUGGGCCCGCCUGGCAGAGGUAUAUGUCGGUAUGGAACGCUGGGACUUGGCGCUCCUGACUCUCAACUCUUGCCCUAUGUUCACCUAUCAAGAUAAAGAUACCCCUCGCAUGCCACAACCAUCACGCAUUAUGCUCCCCAUCCUUUCUGAAAGCAUUCUUGAUGAGAUCGACGAAGGCCAGCCAAAGCAGGGAGAUCCUCACGAUUAUGUUCACCCUUCGCUUCGAAAAAUUCAUGCUGCUAGUUACCAAGGCACCUUUUUGAAGGCCUAUAAUCUUCUGACAAAAAUUGCUGCUGCCAUUGGAUGGGAUCAACUCCUCAAGGCUCGCAGCGAAGUUUUUGUGAUGGAAGAAGAAUACCGUGUUGAGCGGCAGCAUGUUCCUAAGCCCGCACAUUCUAUGAGAGCGGAAACCAACGGAGCAAGCCCCGACAGCGAGGAAGACUCUGAGUCUGUGGCUGGCCCUGAAUCCACCGAGCCGUCUUCAGAAGAAACCCCCAAUGGCGAUAUCGGAGACAGCCAUGCCCAGAGCCCCCUCGAGCGACCAGAGCAAACGGUUGCCUCUGAGGUUGUCAAGUCUGGCAAUGAAGUUCCUGAUCCCUCUCACGCAUCUUACACGCAGUUCCGUAACAAGCGACUUUGUGAAAGAUGGCUAGAUAACUUGUUUAUGGUGUUGUAUGAGGACCUUCGCAUUUACACCAUCUGGCGGACCGAGAUGGCUCAGUUCCGCCAACAAGCUAUGGAAUACAAAAAGUCCGCCACCGAGUGGGAGAUUCUUGGUGAACUCGCGGAGCGUUUGCACCAUUUCGAUGAGAGCAUUGAGGCCUAUCAGAGCUGUCUAGCCACUCGCUUCUCGCCCAAGGCUAUGCGUGGGGUCUUGAAGUUAUACGAACAGCGAAACGAUACCAGAGGCAUGCUCGGCGCGUUGAUCCGUCUGAUCGCCUGGCAAUAUCGCUGGUAUUCCGAGUUCUCCCCGGAGCUCUUGUUCUUAGUUCGUAAAUUGAUCGAGGAUGAAGGUGCUGUCAAGGUUCGCAGCAUUGUUCAAGCUACAAACUUGCCCCAGCCCGUUCUCGAUCUCACGCACCAAUACUGCCAACUAUGUGCCACUUUCCGCAGCAGCGGCAGCGAUACUUGA